ACUGCAUUUACAAGACUUUUAUUUUGUUGUGAUUUUUUGGUUAUUUAAUUUUCUGACUUCCGUGACGUAGAGGGUGGUGACCGGUUACAGCUUCCUGUUUGGGUUGAAAGCGGAUGUGAACAGAUGAACGCUUCCUCUGUCUCCAUUCCUUACCAAUUUGUCAAUAUUUGGUCUAAAUAAGUAAACACACACACCAGAGGAUGACGGAAACGGGGAACCGACUACGGAAGCUGCUCGAAUCGCCAAAUUUCGACCCGCAAAACUACGUCAAGCAGCUGUCACAGCAAUCCGAUGGCGACCGAGAUCUUCAGGAGCAUCGUCAAAAAAUCCAAAACUUGGCCGACGAAACGGCUCAAAACCUGAAGAAAAAUGUCUACAAGAACUACAGACAGUUCAUCGAAACGGCCAAAGAGAUCUCCUACCUGGAGAGCGAGAUGUACCAGCUGAGUCACAUCCUGACGGAGCAAAAGAGCAUCAUGGAGAGCAUCACUCAGGCCUUGUUGUCCACAGACAAGGACGAGACCUCGAAAGAGAUGCAGGCUGCAUUCCCCAAAGAAACGGAGGAGCUGAAGCAGAGGACGCUGACCUCACUGCUGGAGAAAGUGGAGGGGGGUAAAAACAUUAUGGACACCCCGGGGAGGCACCUAGUCUACAACGGUGACCUCGUGGAGUUUGAUGUCGACAACAUGUCCCCCAUCCAGAAGGUUCAUGCCUUCCUCAUGAACGACUGUCUGUUAAUCGCCACCUGGCUGCCGAACCGCAGAGGAACGGUGAAGUACAAGUACAACGCCCUGUACGACCUGGAGAGCUUCGCUGUGGUCAACGUAAAGGACAACCCUCCCAUGAAGGACAUGUUCAAGAUCCUCAUGUUCCCAGAGAGCCGCAUCUUCCAGGCUGAGAACAGCAAAAUCAAGAAGGAGUGGCUGGAGAUCCUGGACGAAACCAAGAAGAACAAAGUCACCAAGGACCAUCACAAGAAAGAGGAGGAGGCCCCGACGUCUCCCGUUAGGGCCGAGGUGUCCACCAAUCCUUUCGAGCAGGAGGACGAGGAGUCAGCAGUGGCCGGAGAAAGUGUGGAUCUUGGCCUCGAGUGGAUCCAGGAGCUGCCAGAAGAUCUGGACGUGUGCAUCGCCCAGAGAGACUUCGAGGGGGCCGUGGACCUGCUGGACAAGCUCAACGAGUAUCUGAGAGACCAGCCGGUUACCCAGAGGGUCAAAGAGCUGAGGCUGAAGGUGGAUGAGCGCGUGCGGCAGCUGACGGAGGUUUUGGUGUUCGAGUUGUCUCCAGAUCGCUCACUCCGUGGUGGACCCAAAGCCACACGGCGGGCCGUGUCCCAGCUGAUCCGACUAGGCCAGUCCACCAAAGCCUGUGAGUUGUUCCUGAAGAACCGGGCCGCCGCGGUCCAGACGGCCAUUCGCCAGCUGCGCAUAGAAGGAGCCACGCUGCUCUACAUCCACAAGCUCUGCAACAUCUUCUUCACCAGCUUGCUGGAGACGGCCAAGGAGUUCGCGAUGGACUUUGCCGGGAACACGGGUUGCUACUCCGCAUUCGUGGUCUGGUCCAAAUCGGCCAUGGGGAUGUUUGUGGACGCCUUCAGCAAGCAGGUGUUCGACAGUAAGGAGAGCCUGUCCACAGCGGCCGAGUGUGUGAAAGUGGCCAAGGAGCACUGUCGCCAGCUGACAGAGAUCGGCUUGGAUCUGACCUUCACCCUGCAGUCUCUGCUGGUCAAGGACAUCAAGGCGGCCCUGCUGAGCUACAACGACAUCAUCAUCGAAGCCACCAAGCACCGGAACUCUGAGGAGAUGUGGAGGAGGAUGAAUCUGAUGACCCCCGAGGCUCUGGCCAAACUCAAGGACGAGAUGCGCGGCUGUGGCAUCGGCGGCUUCGAGCAGUACACCGGCGAUGACUGCUGGGUGAACCUCAGCUACACCAUCGUGGCCUUCACAAAGCAGAUGAUGAGCUUCUUGGAGGAAGGCCUGAAGCUCUACUUCUCCGAGCUGCACAUGGUGCUGCUGGAGAGCCUGAGGGAGAUCAUCCUGGUGGCCGUGCAGCACGUGGACUACAGCCUGCGCUGCGAGCAGGACCCGGAGAAGAAGGCCUUCAUCAUGCAGAACGCCAGCUUCCUCCACGACACCGUGCUGCCGGUGGUGGAGCGGAGGUUCGAGGAGGGCGUGGGCAAGCCCGCCAAGCAGCUGCAGGACCUGAGGAAGAGCACCAGGCCGGUUCGAAUCAACCCAGAGAGCACCAUAUCGAUGGUGUGAGAUUGCCAGAAAAGGCAAUGGAAUGCAAUUUUACUGGCGUCGUUUUCUUAAUAACUGCUAGAUGUUGGCCGUCUUGAGAUUGCAGGAUAAGAAAUUACACAAUGCAUCCUGCAGAACAGCGGGAAUAGGAUACAUUAGGAGGCGCAGGUGUAAAAGUCGGUUUUUAUCAUCAAAAAGCCUUUGGAAGUUGGCGUAGAUUGAAAAGGAUCUAAUUUUUGAUUGUCAGUAGAAAAUCCCUCAUCUGUGGAUGAGGGAUGAGGGAUUUUCACACCAUUUGGCCCAUUUGAAGUGUGGUUUUGUCUCAGUGUGUGUGCACUCAUUUAUAUAUAAUCAGGUCACAUCUCAGACCAGCAGCUGAUGAAUAUAUUCACAUUUUCUGAAUGGUGUUGUGCAAAUGUCAUCCCAGUUCUAGGAAAUUUAGUUAGAAUGAAUUAUGCUUACACAAAUUUGAUCCCAAUGGAUUAUGUAUCUAUUCACCAUCAAAAAGGUUUGACAUUUUUCAAGGACCAAAAUAUGAAUUUAUUCAUCUGCUUUGAUUUUAACGGCACUAAACUGUUAUUAGACACUAAGUAGUAUUCUAGCACAGGACAGAUUAACAGGAAUGACUGAAAUAUGAUGGUUAAUGUUCACUGUUAGAACAUUCAACAAGUUUUUGUUGAAGCAAUACACAUGAAAUUGAAUAAAGAUCUUCAUGCACAA